UCUUGUUCCUGAAGUAAGCAAUUUAGUCUACACUAAAUAAGAGUAAAAUGACAACCAACUCAAGUGCAAUGUUUUGUACGGAUAAAGGACUCGGGGAAUCUUAUUUCUUAAAAGCCCUUGGAGCCAUGACAUCAAAAACGAAGAAAAAGAAAUUUCCGCCUGGGCCGACAGGAAUUCCCUUCUUUGGCUGUUUCUUUGAUAUCGACUUGAAAAAUUUGCAUCUAGAUUUUAUGAAAUGGAAGGAACAAUAUGGGAACAUCGUAUCGUUCAAAAUGAACGGAAAAAAUUUUCUUGUUUUGAACACAGUGGAUGUCAUCAGAAAAGCAUUCACUAGUGACGACAUUGGUCCAUUGAUGAGUGAUCGCCCCUUAAACUUUAUGGGUGAAUAUAUUGCUUUUGGUUACAAAGACGUUCUUUUAAGGAGGUAUGACGAGGAUUUUUCUAAAAUGAAGGAGUUAAUGAUACGUUCUAUGAAAUUGCACGAUUUAAACUCGAACACGUUCAGAGAGCUGAUGUCAGAGGAGUUGUCCCACGUGCUGGCAAAAUUCCAAAAGACAGAAGGAAAGUCGACGGACCCCCUGGAAAUAUUAAUGCCAUCAUUUUGCAAUAUCAUUGGAAUGAUGUUUACUGGUCGACGUUGCAAGGAUGAGGACAAGCUGUUGAAAACUUUGAUAGACUUUGAUCGCGAUGGAGAUACAAUGAUACAACCCCAAGUCCACUCCGUAUUCAAACUAUUCCCAUGGAUUCGCUAUUUUCCUGGUUUCUAUGGAAAUCUAUACCGCAGAGUUAUACAUGGGAGAAGUGAGCUUCAUAAUGUAAUACGGGAUAUGAAGAUGUCCUUUGACAAAAACAACGUCCGAAACUUUAUACACGAACUUUUGCGAGAGCACCAGGAAUAUGCUGAAGAUUCUGAAAAUGCUUGGUUGACAGAUGAACAUAUUCUUGGAAUGGUCAUGGAUCUCAUUAACACAUCUGUUUUGACAACAAAAGCAGUUAUGUCUGGUGUACUCUUUCUUCUUGUUCACUUUCCGGAGGUGCAGGAAAAGAUUCGAAAGGAGAUUAAUAUGGUCAUCGGAGAUCGCGAGCCCGAUAUAGCGGAUAUGACGUCAAUGCCCUAUACUCAGGCUUGCAUGAUGGAAAUCCUUCGUUAUCAGUCACACCUUCCACUCACAGCAGCCCAUGCGAACCUCUCACAGGAAGUAGAAUUGGAGGGUUUCUCAAUUCCCAAAGGAACAGUGAUAUUUGGAAACCUUUUUGCCUGCCACCAUGAUGAGAGCAUCUACUCAGAACCUUGGAGCUUUAAACCCGAACGCUUUCUUGAAAAUGGGAAAUUAGUCAGUAGUGACCACCCAGCACGUCAAAAUUUCGUGGGAUUUGGCAUUGGGAAACGAUAUUGUGUAGGUCAGCAGAUGGCAAAAAGUAGAAUGUUUCUCUACACUACAAGUCUGGUGCAGAAAUUUAAAAUUGAGGUUCCGAAUGACAUGGUGCUUCCUUCAUAUGACCCAAGGGCUUUAACAUCGGAAAGCCCGGUCAUUUUACCACCGGCAAUGCAAUACUGUUUUGUGGAAAUUUAAUUUCGGAUUAUACUUGAUUAUAAAGGUUGUGAGGAAUUCGUAUAAAAAUAUUUAAUGCAUGUAUAUAGCAUCUAUUUAUUUAUUUUGUAUCAAAUCAAUGUUGGUAAAAAUAAAGAUUAAAACUUUUGAA